GUCCAACCAAACACAACCAGUAACGACAAAAAGUGUAAUUCACCCUCUCUCAUAACCCAAAACAAUGAAAUUCAUAGUCUGCGCUUUUGUUCUCUGCGUGGUUGUCGGAGCCACUCCCGACGCACCAUUCAGACAGACGUACAACAGCCGAUUUUUGCGUUUGGAAGCUGCACCGUAUGCGCCGGCUGGAUACCGUCCGCAGGGUGAACAAUUCCGUCUGCCGGCCAGACCACUCUUUCAACGACAACAAUCCGUGUAUGGACCCCCGGAAGUGGCGACCGAGGAAGUCACCACGGAGACAGAUGUCACCACCACUGAGGUGCCAACCACCACCGAGUACAUUCCAAGGCGAGUGGUUCGGACCAAGAGCGCUAAGAAGGAUAAUGUCAAAGUGGAGAACAAACAAGACAAUGCGGAAGCGGGAAUUGGGCAGGAAUUUCAACAGGAGGGUGUCUAUUACAUUUAUCAUCCGGACGGACUACUCCAGAGAGUUAUCUACGCCACAAAGAGUGAAGAUAUGGGUUAUACUGCAAAGUUGACUUAUAAGGAUGUUGAGCCCAUCAAGGAACCCAUUUACACCUAUGAUCCACAAAGUUUAAAAUUCAGUCAAAUUCAACUUUAAUUCCACAACCAUGUAAACACAUAAUAAUAUUUAUUAAUUGCAUCAAAAUAAAAAUAAAAAAAAAUAAAAUUUUAGUUCAU